ACGCGCAGUUUGCAGUCUCUUUGGGGUGGUGCGCAUGAUUUGGAGACCAUGAACUCAGGGAGAGGUUCUGCGACUAGAAGGAAGAGAACUGCAGAGGAGGAGGCCACCAGAAAUGAUCUUUUUGCCUCAGACACUCUCUCGUCCCUCAGACAUCGGAAGGCGGCAAGCGAGGAGCAGGAGGCGCAAAGCGUGACUGAAGGCCUCGUAGAACUGAGACAGAUGAUGCACGGUCAGGUACAACACGCCCAGGGGGCGCUAGGAGUACUAGCAAUAUCUUCUGGAAAGCUCCAAGAGACUAAAUCAGGAAUGGAGGAAAUUGGCUCCAACAUCAAAGUCGGUCAGGGCCUCAUUUCCAAGCUGGGGAGGAGAGAUAUCACUGACAAAGUGUUGAUAUUUCUAGCGUUCAUAUUCUUCAUUUCUGUCGUUUUGUACGUCAUCAGGAAACGGAUUAUUGGU